CUGAAUUAGGGGAUGGGGGAGAGUUCAUGGGCAAGUCAGGCAUGGUUUGGAAUAAGCGUGCAACAGGAGUCCUUUGCCAGAGACUUCUCCAACCAUGGACAGCCCUAGUCUUCGGGAUCUUCAACAGCCUCUGCUGGCAGGCACAGCCUGUCAGCCCCCUGCCCGGGAGCCUGUCAGACCUGAGCUAGUGCCCCCAUCAAGAGAAACAGCCUUUGCAGAGUCCCUAAGAGGUUGGCAGUUCCCACCACCACCUCUUCCCUCUGUGAGUGGAGGCCUAGGAGAGCCAGGGCCCCCUGCCCUUGAGGAUACAUCAUCCAGUGACAGCGACUCAGACUGGGACGUGGGCAGCCCCCUCUCCCCCCUUCUGCCCGCUGACCACCUUGGCCUGGCAGUCUUCUCCAUGCUGUGCUGUUUCUGGCCCCUGGGCAUCGCUUCCUUCUGUCUGGCCCAGAAGACCAACAAGGCUUGGGCCGAGGGGGACGUCCAGGGAGCAGGGGCUGCCUCCCGCCGCGCCUUCCUGCUGGGGGUCCUCGCCAUCGGACUGGGCCUGUGCACAUAUGCAGCUGCACUGGUGACGCUGGCUGCCUAUCUUGCCUCUCGAGCCCCACCCUAGUUGCCCCCCACUGUGACCCCAGAGGCUGGUGGCCCAGUGCAUCUGUGGGCAGGACAUGGAGAUUCCUGGUGCUCAAAGUGGAGGCUGCAGCAUCCAGAAAGGGGAGUGAGCUGGAGACCCCCUCCCCUUCCUGGCCGCCUCUCACCAGGCAGCAGCAUGAGAAAUUAAACAAGACACCCUUGCAGCCAAA